AUGCGAGCCCGUAGGUUGUGCGGCCUGGUCCUUCGCUGCUGGCUGGGUCUGGUCAUAGUUCUGGGCCAGUCCUGCCACUUUUACAGCUCCGCUAGAAAGAGUCUCAGACACUCUCGCAUUCUACAAAUCUACAGUUGUCUAAUGACGGCCAUAGCCCUGGUCUUAUACUUUCCCUACAUGGAAUAUUCGCGUGCUUACUUUGCAAAGGGCACCUUUCGCAGGCAAAGUUUUGUGAUUCAGGUAAGCCAGGCUAGCAUGGUUAUCCAGCUGCUGGCCUUAAUAAUUCAAACAAUCCAGCGGCUAAUGCACGAGCGACAGGUGUGCCAGGUGUACAACGAGCUAACGCAAAUAUUGCACCAGGAUUUGGGCCAAAGGGAUCGCAGUCGCUUCUACUAUGUGGUGUUCUUUGGCAAGUUACACAAUUACCUACAUAACUUUAACUUUACGCUGAGCAUCCUUAUGAUUGUGGACAAGCGAACGGUUGGAGUAUGGGAUGUUCUGGCCAACGUUUACUUUGUGUAUAGCUCCUUGGCCUUGAGGGCAGCCCUUUUUGCCUAUGUCCUGUUGCUCCUUGAGUUCGGGGAAGCCCUGCGCCUGAAUAGCCAGCAAGAGCAGGACUCUUACGAUCGCCUAAUGGCCCAACUGAGAAGGCAGGAGCGACUGUUGGCUUUGGAGCGACAGGUUCAUGAGAUCUUCGCUUGGCUGGUGGCCUCGACCCUGGUCUUUCAGAUGUUUAUUACCAUGUGCACGGCUUACCUUGGCUAUGCCUUCCUUACCCAGCGACCGAACCAUGUGGGGUUGUAUAUGUGGAAUCUCAAGAUUGUAUUUAUCACCAUCUUCUUAGUGGUCAACAUGUUGGACAACUUACUCCUGCAGAUCGUCUGUGAGCACCUGUUGGGUGAGGGUAAUAGGGCGUGCGGUGGUCCUCAGGUGUGUGACCAAGAUGCCAAGGCAGCCCAGAGGCAGUGGGAACUAUCUCUCCUUAGACGAGCCAUCAGAGCAGCCUCAAAGCAUUACAAGGUCCUUGGUCUGUUCAGAAUGGAUAUGCGCUGUGCCUUUGCCCUGCUUAGCAGCAGUUUGACCUACGGGAUUAUUAUUAUACAAAUGGGUUAUGUUCACAGCUGA